AUGAUCCCUACAUUAAUUGAGCAGUCCCUCUCGAGGGUGGGAGAUCUGCUCCAAGAAAACCUCUCACCGGCUCGGAUCUACAAUAUGAAGUCCAUUGCUCUUAGCCUUUGUGCUUUGGGAGCUUCGGCCAAGGUUAUCACCGAUGAUACCAUUUUCUAUGGCCAGAGCCCCCCAGUUUACCCAUCACCAAAUAUAACAGGAACUGGAAACUGGAUAGAGUCUUAUACCAAGGCCAAGGCGCUGGUUGCUCAGUUGACUCUCGAAGAAAAGUCCAAUCUUACCUUCGGUGCCUCUACCACAGAGAACGGUUGCGCAGGAUGGAUCCAGGCCAUUCCACGCCUUGGGUUCCCGGGCCUCUGCCUCGUUGAUGCUGGAAACGGUGUUCGAACGACUGAUCUCGUCAAUGGAUACGCGGCUGGGCUGAGUGUUGGUGCAAGCUGGAACCGAGAGCUUACAACCAAGCGAGGCCAUUAUAUGGCAGGGGAGUUUAGAGCCAAAGGAGCCAACGUCGCCCUGGGCCCAGUCGUUGGACCUCUCGGCCGUAUUGCCCGCGGUGGGCGUAACUGGGAGGGCUUUUCUCAUGACCCAUACCUGUCUGGCUUGCUCGCCGCAGACACCAUCAAGGGGCAUCAUGAACGUGGUGUGAUCACAAGCUUGAAGCACUUUAUUCUCAACGAACAGGAGACAAACCGUAAUCCCUUUGCAAAUACGACGCCUCAAGUUGAGGCGGUGUCAUCAAAUGUGGACGACAAGACAAUGCAUGAGCUUUACCUUUGGCCUUUCCAAGAUGCCCUCAAAGCUGGAUCUGCCAACAUCAUGUGCAGCUAUCAGAGGAUCAACAACUCUUAUGGGUGCGCAAAUAGCAAAACAUUGAACGGAUUGUUGAAAACAGAGCUAGGAUUCCAGGGCUUUGUCGUCACUGACUGGAGGGCUCAACACUCUGGAGUCGCAAGUGCAUUGGCUGGCCUUGACAUGACAAUGCCAGAUUCAGGAUACUGGGGCAAGAACUUGACCAACGCCAUCCAAAACGGCACUGUGCCAGAGUCUCGUUUGGAUGACAUGGCCACCAGGAUCCUCGCUGCUUGGUAUCUCUUGGGCCAGGAUGAGGGUUUCCCCAAGCCAGGCGUUGGAAUGCCCUAUGCAAUCACGGAGCCUCACACAAGAAUCGACGCCAGAGACCCUGCAGCUCGGCCUAUAUUGUUCCAAGGCGCAGUUGAAGGUCACGUCCUGGUCAAGAACAACCGAGCUCUGCCCCUGAAAGACCCACAAGUCAUAUCAGUAUUUGGUUACUCGGCGCCAGGCUAUAAGCAAUCAGUAGUUGGCGAUGGAACAUACUCGGCUUGGAAGCUUGGUGCCCAAAGCACGAACCCAGAGCAACAGGUGGCUUCAAAGGUUUAUAAUUCGACGGUUCAUAUCGAGACAAUCGCCAUCAACGGUACUAUCAUCAUGGGCGGUGGUUCCGGUGCGACAACGCCCGGAUAUGUCUCGAGUCCCUUUGAUGCACUCAACCAACGCGCCAUGAAGGACAACACUGAUCUUUUCUGGGACUUCGUUGAUCCAGCCCCGCAGGUUCCUGCUUCUGAUGCCUGUCUGGUGUUUAUCAACGCCUGGUCAUCGGAGGGAUAUGAUCGACCAGCCGUCUAUGAUGAUUACUCAGACAAUCUAGUCCUCUCAAUUGCUGAGCAGUGCAACAACACCAUCGUUGUGAUUCACAAUCCGGGUGUGCGCUUGGUUGAUAACUUUUCCGAUCAUCCUAAUAUUACCGCGAUCGUGUAUGCGCACACGCCUGGUCAAGACUCUGGCGCCGCAACAGUAGCACUACUGUAUGGCGACGAGAACUUCUCCGGAAAGCUCCCAUAUACAGUUCCGAAGAAUGUUAGCGACUAUGGACCACUGCUUGGUCCGGAUUUGCCUGAGGGCGAUUACAUCAACUACCCGCAGAGUGAUUUCUCUGAAGGAAUUUUCAUCGAUUAUCGUGGGUUUGAGGCCAGAAAUAUCACACCACGGUAUGAGUUCGGGUUUGGCUUGUCAUACACAACUUUUGAGUAUGAUUCGUUGUCGAUUAGCAAAACCAAGGAGGGAGAGAACGCUGAGAUCUAUCCGUCCGGGCCAAUUGAGCAGGGUGGCCAGAUUGAUUUGUGGGAUGUCCUGGCAAACGUUGACUUCAAAAUUCAGAAUACUGGCAAGAUCAGUGGAAAAGAGGCAGCCCAGCUUUACAUUGACACCCCCUCCGGUGCCAGGCAGCUCCGUGGAUUCGAGAAGGUGACACUUGAGGCAGAUGAGACAGCUUCUGUCACACUUCCCUUGACACGCCGUGAUUUGAGCGAAUGGGAUGUUGAAGCUCAGAAGUGGAAGCUGGUGAAGGGGAGCAUUGGGGUCUAUGUGGGUGCGAGCUUCAAAGAUGUGAGACUGCAGGGCACACUAGAUGUUUGA